GCUGUGUGUUCCAAUUUUGAACGCAGUCGCGUGUUGGAAGCGAAGCGGUCGAGAAGUUCGUGGCGCUGAGUUUCUUAAGUAAACGCAUAAAAAUAGAAGCGAUGUUCUCUCUGUCACAUUGUAAUAGAAGUUGUAAAUCUAUCACAGUACAACUGAAAUUAAACAAUUACAUUACUUUAAUCUUUAUGUAAGCUGUUGGAUCUGAAUCCUGUUUGUUUUAUGGCCGUGUCCUGUCCGGGACUGUAGUUAUGUGUCAAUGUUAUUAUUAGCUGAAACAGACGCUGGCCGAGGAGCGCUCUAGAGCUAGUCUUUUAGUGACUUGGUGACAUUAGUCAUUGUUGCGUGUGAGAAACAAGAAAAUCUGAUGAGGGUUGUAAUGGGGAGCCGAUCCACGCCUCCCAAUGCGACAUCCACUUCUGAAGAUUCUUCACGGGUACUGGACAUAAAGAAAGAAUCUCCAGACGAUGAAAUUAAGGAGUACGCAGAGACGGCCAUGAACGAACUCUUGGGCUGGUACGGGUAUGACAAGUUGGACAGCAGAGACACGCAGGGACUGAACCUCCACCACUUCGCAGCACAGAGGUCUCCCUCCGACCUUGAUUCGUCAGACGCUGAAGGUGCAAGGAGCAGCAGUAGCCCGGGGCGUCGCGAUGCAGGAACCGGAUCAUCACAAGGAAGUCCGCCGCUACCAGACACGGCGAAUGUCCCAGCGGGUUGUACUGUAUGCUCCUGGUGCCAGAAGGUGGCAAGCAGCAAGCAGCUCUUCUCGCUGAAGACUCCGACUGGACAGAAAGCCUUCUGUUCUGAGGUGUGCUUCACUCAGUGCAGGCGUGCCAACUUCAAGCGCAACAAGACGUGUGAUUGGUGCAGACACGUGCGACACACAGUCAACUACGUCGACUUUCAGGAUGGCGAGCAUCAACUGCAGUUCUGCAGUGACAAAUGCCUAAACCAGUACAAAAUGAACAUCUUCUGCAAGGAGACGCAGGCACACCUCCAGAUGCACCCGCACUUGCAGGACGGAGCUGGCGGUGGUGGCAGCGGCUCGGGCGGUGGCCUAAUAACUCCCGAACUGUGGUUGCGGGACUGCAGGUCUGAUUCCCCUGCUUCUGACCGGUCUUUAUCUCCGCCGCCUCCCUCAGCUGCAAGCAUGACUCCCGCCCCCACAGCACCGCCUCGAAGCAGCCCCCCACCGCCGCCAGAUGCCCAAGCCACAGACCAGAAGGACGUCUCGGGAAAGCUUCGGAGAGCCGGACGCCUCAGCAGGCGAGGUACCAGGGCGCCCGUCACUGCCACAGUGACUUCAGUGUCUGCAGCCGACCCAAGGACAGCUUCCUCGUCCUCUCCUCGCAGCGCAGGCAGCGUGUCACCUCCCAAACACAACCACGUGCCACAUCUGCACACACUACCUCAUCCCACCUCUCAGAUACCUCCCAUCCUGCACCCUCCUCCCCACCUGCUACCUCCAGACCACCACCUACCAAGACACCCUCCACCGCCUUUUCUACCACCGGGUAUAUUGCCCCCUCCACAUCUGUUUACAGACGCACACCAGCACCCUCAUCUUAAUCCAUCUCGGUUUCCAGCUGCUCUCCUCCGGCCUCCACCACGAACCUCUUCGUCUUCACCUCCACCUCUUCAUCCAACUCCACUUCUUCCGCUACCUCACUUACAACCUCGCCCUCCGCGGGGUCCACCUCUUCACCCUCCACCGCAACCACCUUCCCGCUUCCUGCUGCCUCCAGUGACAGUGAUGGUCCCUUAUCCCAUAGUUAUCCCUAUUCCAAUCCCCAUUCCCAUUCCUAUACCCCUCUUCCCCCCGAAGAACAACAAGGCGCGGGCCCCCGAGGACGGAACAGCUAACGUGACGACGACUACAGGGACGACGACCAUCACGACGGCGACAGCAGCAGUGGUGGUGCCGAGUCAUCGCAAGGAGAGCUCUGCCGAGCCACUUGCACCCUCCGCUAGUCCACCCCCCACAGCACAGUCCCUCCCCGAAACAAAGCCGAACCCUUCGUUAACUGCCAUGACAAGACCUUCCGUUUCUGAUCGCCCUCUGAGGAAACGCAAGAGGCUGGAUGUUACGACCGAAGAAGAGAGCCUCGGCAAGCGGAAGUUCGUCCCUGUGUGAUCCCAUAACUGAAUCCUACUUGUUCUAGAUGAUAUUGUAUUUGUGACAGCGUAAGUUCCAGUCAGUGUAUAGGAAGGUUCAAAAAAUACAGAAGAGUUAUCAGUA